CAAUAAGAACAGAAGACAAUAUCAGCUGAUUUUCAAGGUCCUCUAUCCAUAACUCGCAUUAAAAUUUUACCCUAAAAAUAACAUUUAGUUAUGCUUAUGAUAAAACUUCAAUCGAAAAACAUCCUUACAUCGACAGGCAUCAAUUUCUAACGAUGAAUUUAACCAAUAUUUCCAGAAGAACGUGACUUGUCUCUCCAAAUUUUACACCAUUGAAGAUUCAGGCAUGCGCAGUGAAAAUUGAGAGGACAUACUAAGGAAGAUGAGAGAUAUAGAUGAUAAGAUUAUAUAUGAAUUAAACAACACAAUUCCUACAAAAUAUUUUGCCAAAGAAUUAAACAUAACUGAUCAAUGUAAAAGUUUUUAUGAACAGUUGGAUCAGUCUCAUAGACAGAGGAGAUCAAUGAUUAGUAGGUGUGUUACAGAAGCUUCAGCUCAUGUGAAUGAGAGAAAAAAAGAACAACAAAGCGACCGUGAUAAUGUUACUUUUUUAAAAAAUCUCAGGAAAGAACAGAAAAAGCUGCAUUUAGUACAACAACAAGUUAACAUAGAAGAAGUUAUCAGAGAUAGGACUAUCAAGGCAUAUUAUGAAAGAUGUCGGAAUGCCUACAAACCUCCCCUUGACGAACCUCCAGUGGUAUGACAAAGACUGAACGUAGUUUCAUGCUGAAGGUUGAAUUUAGUUGUAUGUGAUAUUGGAAUGUAGUGUGAGAAAAAAGCAUCCAAGAAAAUGAAUGUAUUAUUAUCAUACAAUUAUGCCUGAAAUGGAUUGGAUGAUAAGAGAAGAAAUCCAAGAUCUAUUCAGUUAUUCUCACUCUGGUUGUCUUCCUUUAGCAUGCCCCAUCAAAGGGAGAUAAUAAAAUUCAGCUGUGAUCAAGCUAUGAGUAUACUGAUAGAUAUUGAUGAUUCUUAAAAAAUUAUUUCAAAGCAGUAUUCUAGUUAGAAAAUAAUGAUAUAUGUUUAAUAAAAAAAAAAGAAUUAUCAAAAUUUUAUUUCUUUAGAAGCUGUUUGGUCUAUUUUGACCAUGAUUACAUUGUUUCACUUUCACUUAUUAUGUAAUACUGAAUUCCUGAUUUUUAUAUUGUCCAAUAUUCAUUUCUUUUUCAUAAAUAUUAUAGACAGUAAAUAUAUAGCAUGUUUUGUUGCA